AUGGUGCCGUACAAGGUCUCUUGGAGUGGUCAAAAAGUUACAUACAACAAAGUUAUGCAACUUUUUUUAAACCAUUGGCACUUGACAAGGAUCAAAUUCAGAUUUUGUUGGCAUAGUUUUUCAGUUCAAACCAAAUUUUCUUUCUUCUUGAUGGGACUCACAGCACUCAAGGCAGAGAACUUGAAGCCGGUUAUCCUCAAAGCUGGUGUUCCCUUGGCUGCAUCUUUGGCUGGUUUGAUCUAUGCAUGGAUCGUUGCAAAGAAAAACUUGUCUACUAAACUUUUUUCUUCUCCUGAAAAUGGGUGUGAUUCUCCAAAAAUCACUUGUCAUCAUGAGAGUUUUGACGACAACCUUUGUUAUGUGGAAGAUGGAGAAUCAUCUACUCCUAUGAAUAGUAGUGUUCUCUCUGGGAGCUUGGUGAUCCAUGACAACAACUCAUGUUUGGAACAUGAGAUCACUGGCCUGAGAAGCCAGAUUGAAGGUCUUCAGAUGAGGGAAUUGGGCUUGCGUUUGCAGUUUGAGUUGUACUGUGAAAUGAAGGCACAAGAAUCUCUACUUGUUGAAGUCAAAAACAUGUUGUCGAUGGAGAAUGAUCGUGCUGAGUUCUUGAGCAAAGAGAUUUCUUCCAUAGAGACUGAGACUAUGAAGUUGGAGGGUUUUGUAAUCCAAUACAUGAGUGUAAUUGAACAGCUUCAGUAUUGGAAAUCGCAGAAUAGGGUGCUUCAAAGGAGGGUUCAAAGGCUACUUAGAGAUUCAAAGGCCAAAUCUCGUUUGAUAAAGGGGCAGGCUUUGAAGAUCAAAGAGAAAGAAGAAGAACUAUCGAGAAACCAUGAGGCCCUGCAAACAAGGGUAUGCGUCAUUAAUAAGUUAGAGAGUGAAAUCAGAGAGCUAGAAAGGAUAUUGGACCAAUUGGAAGGUGAGAAGAAUGAGGUUGUGAAGAAGCUUGAAACAGCAGAAGCAGAAGCAUCUAAGUUGUACAAGGAAAAGAUAUAUAGAAAGCCAUUGAAAUAUUAUUUGGAGACUGAAUCAGGAGAUGUGAGCAAGGAAGACUACAACAGGGUUGUCAAUGAAUUGGAAGAGGUCAAGAAGGAACGGUCAACUGAAGUUGAAGAGCUGAUUCAUCUGAGGAGGGUCAAUACUUGUUUAAGGCAAGAGUUGAUGAGGCACUGUGAAGAACAUCAGGAGCAACACAGAGACCAUGUAGAGGGGGAAUUCGAAGGAGGCUUAGGAUUUGUGCAGUAUGAUUCAGAGCAUGAGUUGCAUCAUUCCCUUUUGGAGCAUCACAAUGAUUCUGCUCAUGGUGAUAAUGCUUCUUCAAAAAGGAGAAGGUUGCUUAAGAGGCUGAAGAGGUGGGUUGAAGGAAGUGAAAAGGUAAGAGUGAAGCCUGAAAUUAUCAAAGAAACUUCCGUUUCCUAUGGUUCAAAGGAACCUCAAGUUUCUUCAAAUUCAAGGUUCUGCUCUAGUGCUUGA